CCUGUUCAUGUCUUGAUUCUUGAAUAUUGAUUCAGGUACAACGUAACCGCAAUUUUUGUUUUAAAUUCCACAAUUGAAUUAUGUCGACUGAUCAGACUGCACCUACUGCUGCCGGUAGAAAGCAUACCAUUGACGAGACGGCAUUGCAUGUUACCUCAAUUUUCACCAAAAAGGGAGAGCAUGCUGUACUUGAUCAUACCGCAGAUGCCGACGAGGAAGUUCUGGUCGCUCUCGGCUACAAACAAGAGUUUAAACGGGAUUUCACAUGGAUAGAAUCCUUUUCCGUCUCGUUCUCGGUGCUUGGGCUGCUUCCCUCGGUCGCAUCAACGCUCACAUAUAAUCUGGGAUACUCCGGUCAAGCAGGAUCAAUUUGGGGAUGGAUUGUCGCCGGUAUUCUAAUUCAGAGCGUGGUUUUUGGAAUGGCUGAGCUUUGCUCCAGCAUGCCAACAGCUGGUGGUCUGUACUAUGCGUCUGCAGUCCUCGCUCCUGAGGGUUGGGGUCCAUUCGCUUCCUGGUGCGUUGGAUGGUCCAACUUUCUUGGAUUCGCAACAGGACCAUGCUCAGUGAACUACGCCAUGGCAGCAAUGAUUUUGGCGGCUGCUGAGAUAUCAUAUCCAGACUAUGUUCCACAAACCUGGCACCUCUACCUCACGUUUCUUCUCCUGCUUAUCAUACAAGGCUGCCUUGCCAUGAACUCCACUAAGUUCUUGGGCUACGUCAAUAUUGUAGGCACGAUUGCGAAUGUGAUUGUUCUCGUCAUCUUUGUCAUCUGGCUACCCGCAGGUGCCAUCAAUAAGCCGAGAUUUAACGACAAUCACACUGUCUGGGUGGAUGUUCAGAACGGUACUGAGUGGCCAACAGGCUGGGCCUUUAUCAUGGGAUUCCUCUCAGUGAUCUGGACAAUGUCAGGCUAUGACACACCAUUCCACUUGAGUGAGGAAUGCUCCAAUGCAAACAUCGCAGGACCCAGAGCUAUUGUCUUGACCGGUCAACUGGGUCUCUAUCUCGGGUUCGCCAUCAUCCUCGUGAUCGCCUAUACCGUCAAAGAUGUUAACGAUGUCGUCGCCGGAGCAUAUGGCCAGCCAAUGGCGAGUCUAUGCGUCCAGGUACUUGGCAAGAAUCCUGGUCUGGCAAUGUUCGCUCUCAAUAUCAUUGCUCAAUUCUUCGUUGGUCAAGGUUGUACGAUUGCAUCCUCUCGAGUCGUCUUUGCAUACUCGAGAGAUGGCGCUAUUCCUGGCAGCAGGUGGUGGAGCCAGGUCAACUCGAGGACUCACACUCCUGUCAAUAGUACUUGGUUUGUUCUGUUGAUAGCUGCUUUGUUGGGCUUGUUGAUGUUCGCAAGCCCUGUUGCGAUUGGUGCGGUUUUCAGUAUAGGCGCAAUUGCACAGUACAUUGCUUUUGUCACCCCGCUUGGUCUCAAGCUGUUCUUCGCUGGGGAUAGAUUCAAACCGGGACCUUGGAAUCUCGGCCGUUGGUCGAACCCAGUUGGCGCAGUGGCUGUGGCAUGGCUUUUGCUUAUCGUUCCAGCUCUUUGUUUCCCGGCUGUAAAGGGGAAAGAUCUCAAUGAUUUGACCAUGAAUUAUACAUGUCUCAUUUAUGGUGGAGCUAUGACAUUCGCUCUCGCCUACUACGCUAUUGACGCUAGAAAAUGGUUCAAAGGCCCUCGUGUCAAUGUCGAACAUCUAAUUUACGGUCAGAAUGCGGAGAAUACUGGCUCUGGAAGUGACAAUAUUGAGCCCAUGGCAGAGAAAUCUUAGAUUCACAAUGGGUAGUGGGCCAGUCAGGUGAGAAAGAAUUAUUGAAGUGCCACUUCUCCUAUCUUGAGCUUCUUUGAAGUACUAGAACAUAAACGCAGUAUCACAUGAAAACGAG